AUGAUCGUGGACAAGCUGCUGGACGACAGCCGUGGCGGAGAGGGGCUGCUGGACGCGGCCGGCGACUGCGGCCUCAUGACAAGCCCGCUCAACCUGGCCUACUUCUACGGCGCCUCGCCGCCGGCCGCCGCUCCUGGCGCCGGCGACGCGGGCUGCACAUCGUCCGGGCCCUCGGCGCCCGGGUCGCCCGGCUCUGACUCCUCCGACUUCUCCUCUGCGUCCUCCUGCGGGGCUGUCGAGUCCCGGUCGAGAGGCGGCGCCCGCACCGAGCGCCUGCAAGUUGAGCCCCAUAUGGGGGUUGGCAGGCAGCAGAGAGGACCCUUUCAAGGUGUUCGUGUGAAGAACUCCGUGAAAGAACUCCUGCUGCACAUCCGAAGUCAUAAGCAGAAGGCUUCUGGCCAAGCUGCGGAUGAUUUUAAGACACAAAGUGUGAAUAUAGAGCAGUUCACAGAAUUGAAGAACACAGUAUCAUAUACUGGGAAAAGGAAAGGGCCUGAUUUGUUUUCUGAUGGACCAGCUUGCAAAAGGCCAGCUCUGUUGCAUACCCAAUUUUUGACACCACCUCAAACACCAACGCCGGCAGAGAGCAUGGAAGAUGUUCAUCACAAUGAAUCCAAACAGGACAGCUGUGCCGACCUGCUGCAGAACAUUAUGAACAUUAAGAAUGAAUGCAGCCCAGUUUCCUUGAACACAGUCCAAGUUAGCUGGAUGAACCCUGUGGUGGUCCCUCAGAGCUCUCCACAAGAGCCGUGUCGGGACUUUCAUGGAGGGCAGAUCUUCUCCCCACCUCAGAAAUACCAACCAUUCCAAGUCAGUGGCUCCUCCCAAGUGAUGGACCAGGCUUCUAUGUAUCAGUAUUCUCCGCAGAACCAGAAUACAGAACAGCCGCCCCCGCAACAUUACACCCAUAACCCGACUCUGGAAUACAGUCCUUAUUCCAGGACUUCCCAGUCCCCCAGCUGUGAAGCAAGCCUCUUUGAUAGUCAGGCACCACAGUUCUGCCCAAACACCACUUUUACAACCCUCCUAAGUGGUCAUGGGGAAUCUGAGAAUAUUACUGUUCCCAUUCAGACUUCCCCCAGUGUCCAGCAGCAAAAUGAUACUCACUUGCAGAACUUCAGUCUGAUGCCAAACAGUGCUUGUCAGGCCAUGGCGGGGCAUGAUGCAGGCGCUACUGCUUUAAGCUCAAUCCAGGACAUCAGCAGUCCAAUGAGCACCACGCAGUUAGGGAAGUCAUUUUUUCAGUGGCAAGUAGAGCAGGAAGAAAGCAAAUUGGCAAAUAUCUCCCAAGACCAGUUUCUUUCAAAGGAUGCAGAUGGUGACACGUUCCUGCAUAUUGCUGUUGCCCAGGGGAGAAGGGCACUUUCCUAUGUUCUCGCAAGAAAGAUGAAUGCCCUUCACAUGCUGGAUAUUAAAGAGCACAAUGGGCAGAGUGCCUUUCAGGUCGCAGUGGCUGCCAAUCAGCAUCUCAUUGUUCAGGACCUGGUGAACCUUGGGGCCCAGGUGAACACCACAGACUGCUGGGGAAGGACACCUCUGCAUGUCUGUGCUGAGAAGGGGCACCCCCAGGUGCUUCAGGCAAUUCAGAAGGGAGCUGUGAGGAGCAAUCAGUUUGUGGAUCUUGAGGCAACUAAUUAUGAUGGCCUGACUCCCCUUCAUUGUGCGGUCAUGGCCCACAAUGCUGUGGUGCAUGAACUGCAGAGAAAUCAGCAGCCUCAUUCACCUGAAGCCCAGGAGCUUUUACUGAAGAAUAAGAGUCUUGUUGACACCAUUAAGUGCCUGAUUCAAAUGGGUGCGGCAGUGGAAGCAAAGGACCGUAAAAGUGGCCGUACAGCCCUGCAUUUUGCAGCUGAAGAAGCAAAUCUGGAACUCAUUCGCCUCUUUUUGGAGCUGCCUAGUUGCCUGUCUUUUGUGAAUGCAAAGGCUUACAAUGGAAACACUGCCCUCCAUGUUGCUGCCAGCCUGCAGUAUCGGGUGACACAGUUGGAUGCGGUCCGCCUGUUGAUGAGGAAGGGAGCAGACCCAAGUACACGGAACUUGGAGAAUGAACAGCCAGUGCAUUUGGUUCCUGAUGGCCCUGUGGGAGAGCAGAUCCGACGUAUCCUGAAGGGAAAAUCCAUUCAGCAGAGAGCUCCACCGUAUUAG